AUGGAGCAAUCAUCUCCGCUGGCGGCCAUGCAACCGCCGUCUAUGAUGUUCGGUCACUGCUUUCGGGCAGAGUCUACUUCGUAUCCGUCCUUGUCGGGCUUCGGCCCCAAUAGCUUCAAUUUCAAGGACCUGUCCAUGAAGAAGUCUGGUCCCGACUAUUUCAACAUGAACCCUCUACGGGCUUCGUCCCCCACGGCCAGCUUGGCUGCCGACUUGUCACAGAAUUUUCAUAUUGAUCAAAGUCCGCAACUUGCAACGCCCCGCCGCUCUUUGUUCACGUCGAGCAUGCUUGCUCAUGCCAAUGGUUAUGAUGAUGUGAUGACAACCCCUCCGCUGCCGUCGUCCUCGCCUGCCCCAGCUAUGGACGUGAUGGAAUUGUCUCCGCUGCCUCACAAGCCCGCCUUCGUUCUGACAACCGAGAUCGAAGUGCACUCGCCGUCACCAUAUGGCAGUCCUAUGGCCUCCCCUUUGGAGUCCCCAUUGGCGUCGGGUGCCGCGAGUCCUCUCCAAGCUUCACCUAUGGAGGCUCCUCUCCCUGCUCCCGAGAGACGUCGCCCUGGAUUCCUUCGACCUAGCCUCGCAAAAAGCAAGGCUGCGUCGUUCCAGCUUGGAAUGAAUCGACCCACCCAGGAGAGCAAGGCUCCUCCCUUCCGGUUCAGCUCUGCCGGAGCUAAGACCUCCCUGAGCACUUCCACCUCUCUCGAGGAUAUGUUUGGGGAUUCUCCUCCCCAAGAGAGAUCCCUCCGCAACACUUCCUCGAACAAUCUCGCACCGCCGCGUCUGCGGCCGCCCUUCCACCAUGCUCGUAGCAGCGGCUCCCCUGCUCCCAACUCCAUUCGCAAGCCCUCCCAUCCCUUGAUGCGCCCUCGUAAGCAGUGCCGGCGCUCAUUGAGUAUGUUUGAGCACCCGGCCGAUGUUAUUGCCGAAAAAGAGGCCAAGGUAUCUACAAAUGCACCCCUUCAGUCGAUCAGCGACAUCAACAGUCCGCCAAGCCUCCAGCUUCCUCAUUUCGUCCCAGAGGAGAAGGCGGACAACCUGCCUCGCAUUAACAAGAGCACCUUCGUGGAGCUGUUGGAUGGAAAGUUCAAUGACCGUUUCGACCACAUUAUGGUUGUGGACUGCCGUUUUGAGUACGAGUAUGAGGGUGGUCACAUAAAUGGCGCCCUCAACUAUAAUGACAAGAACCAAUUGGCCGGUGAUCUGUUCAGCUCAGUCAAGCCUCGCACCGCCCUGGUUCUGCACUGUGAAUACUCCGCGCACCGCGCGCCCAUUAUGGCGAAAUUCAUUCGCCACCAUGACAGAGCUGUGAAUGUCGACACUUACCCCAAUCUUUCAUAUCCGGACAUGUACAUUCUGGACGGUGGUUACAGUUCCUUCUUCGCCGAGCAUCGAUCUCUUUGCUACCCACAAAACUACGUGGAGAUGAAUGCCAAGGAACACGAGUUCGCCUGUGAGCGCGGACUGGGCAAGGUCAAGCAGCGUUCUAAGUUGAACCGCGCUCAAACCUUCGCCUUUGGUCAGCACUCUCCUCAGAUGGAGGAUAGCCCGACCGGCCGCUGCAGACUCGGCAACCGUCUCCCUUCAUCUCCCUUUGCCGAAAGCCCUGUAGCUCAACGGACGCCGGGCCGCCGAAUGCUUUCGUAUUGA